AUGGUAAUUAAAGGACAAAAAAAAAAGCUUGUAAAAAGGGAGAAAAGAAAAACUUCCAAAUAAUGGAGGAGAGCCAUUGGAUAUUGCAGAUGAGAGAGAGAGAGAGAGGGGCAUGGAGAAUCCCAAUGCCCUGUCCAUCAGACAUCACAGCCUACUCUUCACACCCUCUUGUCACCAAUUAUGCUUACUAAACUAAUAAUCCCUUCUCCCUUCUAUUUCUCCUUCUCACACAAUCUCUUGCCUGUUCCACUACUCCAAUCAAGCUCUCUUCUUCUUCUUCUUCUUCUUCUUCUUCCAGAAUACAGCAGAACCCUUUUCAUGAUCUGAAAUUCUAACUCCCAAUCAACAACCAUUGCCUUUUUUAUGGUCGUCAACAAAAAACCCAGAUCGCAGAAUCACUCUCCAAACCCAAAUUUCAUGAGGGAAGAUCGAACUGAAAUGUCUGAAGACGACGACCGAUCUCCGCCUUCUGAUUCUGUUACCACCAUUGAUUCGUGUUCCAACAAGACCCAGACUUGUACUUCUGGUUCUACUUCUGGUUCUGGACCCAGUUCCAUCCCUGAAUAUCAAGCUUCUUUUCCUGACCAGGUCCUGGAAAAUGUCCUCGAGAACGUUCUCUGUUUUUUGACUUCACGCCGGGACAGAAACGCUGCGUCAUUGGUCUGCAGGUCGUGGUACCGUGUUGAGGCACUUACCCGAUCCGACCUGUUCAUCGGGAACUGCUAUGCCGUCUCUCCGCGACGCGCCACGUCGCGUUUCACCCGAAUCCGGUCCGUGACGUUGAAGGGUAAACCCCGCUUCGCCGAUUUCAACCUCAUGCCGCCCAAUUGGGGGGCCCACUUCGCGCCCUGGGUUUCUGCCAUGGCUGAGGCUUACCCGUGGCUCGAAAAGGUUCACCUGAAGCGCAUGACCGUGACGGACGACGAUCUUGCGCUGCUGGCAGAGUCCUUUUUUGGGUUUAAGGAGCUCGUGCUGGUGUGUUGUGAUGGGUUUGGCACUAGCGGGCUUGCUGUGGUUGCUAGUAGGUGCAGACAUCUGAGGGUGCUUGAUCUGAUUGAAUCUGAGGUUUCCGAUGACGAAGUCGAUUGGAUAUCAUGUUUUCCAGAGGGUGAAAUAUGUCUGGAAUCUCUGAUUUUUGAUUGCGUAGAAUGCCCCAUUAAUUUUGAUGCAUUGGAGAGGCUGGUUGCACGUUCACCUUCACUGAAGAAACUCAGGUUAAACCGAUAUGUUUCAGUUGGCCAGUUGUACCGCCUGAUGGUGCGAGCUCCGCAACUCACACAUCUUGGGACAGGAUCAUUUCGACCAUCAGAGGAUGUUGUUCAGGGCGAACAAGGACCAGAUUAUGUAUCUGCAUUCGCUGCCUCCAAAUCCCUAGUUUGCCUAUCUGGCUUUAGGGACAUCAUUCCAGAUUACUUGCCAGCAAUUUAUCCAGUUUGUGCCAAUCUCACUUCUCUGAACUUGAGCUAUGCAAAUAUCAAUGCUGAACAGCUUAAACCCAUAAUAAGCAAUUGCCAUAAGCUUCAAAUUUUCUGGGUCCUUGAUUCGAUAUGUGAUGAAGGGCUUCAGGCUGUGGCUGCAACAUGCAAGGAACUUCGUGAGCUGAGGGUUUUUCCUAUUGAUGCUCGGGAAGAUAGUGAAGGCCCUGUUUCUGAAGUGGGCCUCCAAGCCAUCUCAGAGGGUUGUAGAAAGCUUCAAUCUAUUUUGUACUUUUGCCAGCGGAUGACAAAUGCAGCUGUUAUAGCCAUGUCAAAGAACUGUCCAGAUCUUGUGGUGUUCCGUCUUUGUAUAAUGGGACGUCACAGGCCUGAUCAUGUCACUGGAGAGCCUAUGGAUGAAGGAUUUGGAGCCAUAGUUAUGAACUGUAAGAAGCUUACUCGGCUUGCUGUAUCAGGUUUAUUGACUGACAGAGCUUUUAGUUAUAUCGGAAAAUACGGGAAAACAGUUAGGACCCUGUCUGUUGCUUUUGCUGGGGAUGGUGACAUGGGUCUGAAGUAUUUGCUUGAAGGCUGCCCUAGAUUGCAGAAGCUUGAGAUUAGGGAUUGUCCAUUUGGUGAUGCAGCUUUGCUUUCUGGUCUGCAUCACUAUUACAACAUGAGAUUCCUUUGGAUGUCUUCCUGUAAGUUAACUCCUGGUGGUUGCCAGCAGGUUGCUCAAGCAUUACCUCGUUUGGUAGUGGAAGUGAUUAAUCAUGAAUUUGAUGUGAACGUGAGCACUUUUGUUGAUACAUUAUACAUGUAUCGAUCUCUUGAAGGGCCAAGAGAUGAUGCACCAAAGUUUGUUUCUAUCUUGUAGGCAUUUGCACUGCAGGAAGAUGUACUAUAAGUUCUUAUAUUGGCUGUAGGACAAGUGGCAAGCAUAAUUUUUGCGGGAAUUGAAUUCAGGAAGAACAGGUUAUAUAAGCCCGCAAGGUCUCAAUAAUUUUUAUCUUAGAAAGCUGAGUAAACAACUUCUGACCUUGUCCUGUGAUGUUGAAAAUGGCAUGUGAAGCAGAAGCUCAAUGAAGGACCACAAUUUUUCUUUGUUUUGGUUCUUUAAGAGGAUGUAAUCAAGAAGGGGCUAAUGCAGAAGGUAGAUAGAUCUUUCUGUAAGAGUUAGACCGAUGGAUCUUGUUGUAUUGGUAUGCUUCUAAAAUUUAUGUUUCUUUUUUCUUUUAUAUUCAUUUGAUCAUAAAUGAUAAGGCUGCCAGAGAUAAGGGGUGGGCUUGCGAUGUGAAGGCGCACGAAAAAUGCAAUGAGGUACAAUUGUUUAUCCUUUGGUAUGGAGAAACCAAGAUGAGUUGAAACUCGUAAUGAUGUUGUAAAGGUGAACUAAAGGGAGAAAUCAGAGCAAUUGCAAGGAGCAAGUAUUCACUAUUUGGAGGAAUUGGCAUUAUUUUUUAUUCAAAUGGUAGCUAGUCUUAGUUGUAGCUGUUGAGAACUAAAUGCUCAGAGAUUGAUACACCUUCCUCUUUCUUAGUGUUUGUUUUCUUCAGAUGUGAUGUUGUAGCAAUUGACAGUUGAAUUUAUAAUUGUUAUUGUAGCCAACGUUGAGAUGGGUAAUAAAUGCCAAAUAUUUUCAUA